GUACCUUGUGCUCCCUCCGAGGAUACCAUCAUGUUCUUCACGUUCCUGCUACAGGUGAUUUGGAUCCUGGCUGCUUUCGGGGACGAACACUGGACAUAUGAGGGCCCACAUGGUCAAGACCACUGGUCGGCCUCUUUCCCCGAGUGCGGAGGCAACGCCCAGUCCCCCAUCAAUAUCGAGACAAACAGCGUGACUUUUGACUCGAACUUGAACGCUCUGCAGCCCCACGGAUAUGACCAGCCUGGCCCCGGGCCCCUGGAGCUGCACAAUAAUGGCCACACAGUGCAACUCUCUCUGCCCCCUACCCUGUAUCUGGAGGGACUUCCCCGGAAAUAUGUAGCUGUCCAGCUCCACCUGCACUGGGGUGAGAGAGGAUCCAGGACGGGGUCAGAGCACCAGAUCAACAGCAAAGCCUCGGCUGCAGAGCUACACAUCGUGCAUUACGAUGCCGAUUCCUACAGCAGCGUGGGUGAGGCCAUGAAGAGCCCUGAGGGCCUGGCUGUCUUGGGCAUCCUCAUUGAGGUGGGUGAGACUGAGAAUCCAGCUUAUGAACACAUUCUGAGUCACUUGCAUGAAAUCAGGUAUAAAGGUCAGAAGACCUCAGUGCCUCCCUUCAGCGUGAGAGAGCUGCUCCCCCCAGAGCUGGCACAGUUUUUCCGCUACAAUGGCUCGCUCACCACACCCCCCUGCUACCAGAGUGUGGUCUGGACAGUCUUCAGUCAGAAGGUCCAGAUUUCAGCAGGCCAGCUGGAAAAGCUCCAGGAGACACUACUCUCUAGGGAGAGGGAGCCCGCUCAGGUCCUGGAACAGACCUACCGAGUCCCACAACCUCUCAAUCAGCGGAAAGUCCUUGCUUCUUUCAACCAAGACGAAUCCCCGUAUACCACAGGAAGAAGAAGCUGGAAGACGAGAAGAGUGUGGGAUUCACCUCAGCACAAGCCACGGAAUAGACUCCAUCUCGACCAUCACGGACUCCUAGGUCAUACCUGUCAGGGAGCGUCUAGAAUGGGGGACAGGGACUGGCCAGAAAUACAAACCCCUCCUUCCUCCAGACAGUCAUGGACUGGCUCUCGGUCAAGAAAGAACUUCAGUCUCUCAAAACAUAUAGGAGAUGAGGAGACCCCUACAUUGAUAAUGCAGAGGGCAUACUGUGUUUGGUUGUAGGGGAAGUUGGGAAUGUGACCCAAAUUCCCCCACCCCCUCUCCUUUAUGGCUC